GGCUUCAAGCUUGAUAAUAUUGUGUUGUGUUGUGUGAUUCUUUGCUUGUUGUCGUUGCACACAAUUGGGCUUGUUUUCGUGUUCUUAUGUAAGCUGAUUUUGUCUUAAAUACAACUAUCAGAAAAAGGCAUGGAUACCAAUGCCUUGUUUCUUGGAUGCAGAACUGGGGAUCUGGCCAAAGUUAAAUACCUGGUAGAAAUCAAAGAAGUUGAGGUCAAUAUCAGAGACAAAUGGGACAGUACACCUCUGUACUACGCGUGUCUGUGCGGCCACGCCGAGCUGGUGGAGUACCUGCUGGAGGCCGGCGCGCGCUGCGAGGCCAACACGUUCGACGGCGAGCGGUGUCUGUACGGCGCGCUGACGGACGAGAUCCGACGCGUGCUGCUGCGCCGACACGCCGUCACCCGACAGACCAUCCGGCGAGACGUCUACCAGGAGUUCCUGCGCAGACUGCUGGAGGCGCACCCGUUCAGCGAUAUCACGUUCGUGGUGCACGGCGCUUCCUUUCCCGUGCACCGCUGCGUGCUGGCCGCCCGCUCCGAGUACUUCUGUGACAUGCUGGACACCAAGUGGCGUGAUCGCACCACAGUCACACUCACCAAUGACCUGGUGAAUCCUGCGGCGUUUGCCAGCCUGCUGCAGUUCCUGUACACGGGCCGACUGGAGACGGCCGUGGCAGACGUGGACGACUGCCUCCGACUGGCCAACCAGUGCCGGCUCACCGACCUCAGACAUCAGCUGGAGGAACACAUCGCCAGGGUGGACGAAUUCGUGAGCGGUAAGCCGGGCACCCGAGUCACCCAGCUGGUCCUGGAGUCAGACGAGGCGCUGGCGGAGCUGGCGCUCGACCUGGCCGUGAUGGCCGAACAGGCGGUGCCGCCGGCACUCUGCAGCUGGGCGGUCGGCACCGAGCUGCCGCUGAUGCCCAAGGUGCCGCCGAGGUACGCCGACGUCGUCUUCCUGGUCGAGGAGCACCGCUUCCCUGCGCAUAAGGUGUUUUUCUGCGGUCGCAGCGAGUACUUCCGUGCGCUGCUGCGGGACCCAUUCAGCGAGAGCGGCUGUGACGCCGGCGUACCGCUCAUCACACUGAGGGGGCUGACGGCGCCGGUAUUCGUCAGCAUGGUGCACUUCGUGUACCAGAACACAGCCACGCUGACGGAGAGCACGGUGCUGGACGUGCUCUCAGCGGCCGACAUGUGCCUGCUGCCUGGCCUGAAGCGGCUCUGCGGCAACUUCCUGGUGGAUCUCCUGGACCGCGAGAACGUGCUGCCCGUCCUCAAAACAGCCCGCCUCUUCCAGCUGCCAAAACUGGAGGACGCCUGCACGCAGUUCAUCGCAGAAAAUCUCGACCAGGUGCUGGACCCGCUGACGGACCCGCUGCCGGGCCGUCCCGCCGCCUCCUCCCCCGGCCGUCCAUCCUCCGGCGGUACCCUGCUGGCCCGCUCCGAGCUGGCCAUCCGCGCCAAGCUGCGCCGUCUGGGCAGCGCGGACAGCGCGCAGGGCGCGGCGCCGGCGCCGGACCGGCCGCGCUCCCUGGAGGAGGUGGUGGUGCAGGUGGACACAGUAUCGGUCGGCCGGCCGCCGCCCUCGGCCGCGCACCGGCCGGCCGCGCCCGACUCGGCCGCCGCCGCGCGCGUCACCUCCGCCAACCAGCUGUGUGAGCUGGCGGCGGCAGCGGCGGGCGCCUCCUGCCGGCCGGGGCUCAGCGCCACGCUGCCGCGCGCCGCGCCCACGCCCUGUUUCUACGUGCACCCGCCGCCGGCGCCGGCCGGUCCGGAGCCGUUGGGCGGUGGCUCGCCGGUGCCGCGGCCGCCCGCCUCCAGCUGCGGAUCCAGUCGGCCCGACACCGUCGGAGGACUGGUCUGCGGCGUCCCAGAGGCCGAGAUGAGGGGCAUGGGUGUGGCGGUGUGCGCGCUGAUGCUGAUGAUGUCCGGACUGGCUAUCGUGUAUGGGUACUUCAUGGGCUACUGAUGGGUGGAAGGCUUGGAAGCCGACAUCGGAUCGUGUUAUAAACUACCGGAGGCGCGCCUGGUCCUCGUCCUUAUCCAACAGCAGACUUCGACUCCUCAGACCAGCAUAUGACCAGCCUCAGACCACCGUCAGACCACGGUCAGACCCCGGCGUCCCGGAGCUGACCGGCGGCCCGUCCCUCUCACCAGAUGGCCGACUGUGAAGAGUUCGAGCAGCUGGUCGCCGAGGACGCGCGGGCCGUGGUCGACCGUCAGCAGACCGACUCGAUCGCCGUGCUCGACGACGUGCGCUACCACGUCACCAGCGCCGUGCAGACGUUCUCGGACGUGGCCGAGGCGAGUGGAAAGCUGCGCCUGCUGGACGACCUGCUGGACCGACUCGGUCUGAAUGCCUGAGCUGGUGGCUCGUCAAGCGACAUCGACCACUGUGUGAUAAAGUCGCGAGUGCUGUGCACUUAGCGAAGUAACUGGGUGAGCGAUGAGCUCUGCUGCCCGGUUCUUACAGCGACUGUCCUUUGCGGGGUCGACCUGACGUGGUAUUGGACGCUUGCUCAAUCGAGCAGGUCCUUGUGAACGAACCGCCGAACACGCCACUCGUUAUGUGGCACCGAUGUGUCGAGAUUCCAGCCGCAUUGUUAGGAUUGUUUCAGCGUGAGCUGCCGUGACUGUGAGGAGAGUUUUACUGGGAGGACGGCGCCGGUGACCGGUGUCGGUGUUCCCAGUGUGUGCGUCUGUGUUUCACUGGCGGACAGGCUGGUGGUGGACCCGCCGUCAACAGACGACUUACCGCGAGGUUCUUAUCGAACCGACAGCGUUCGUCGCCGCUCAGGUACAAAACCACGGGCCAGCCAUAUAUUGCAAAUCAUGGCCUGUUCAAUGCAACUAGGUCCUUCGACUAAUCUAGUUUUAUUGUUACCGUGUUGAAAUGCUGCUGUAUGAGCGGCGAUAGUAUUAUUUAUUUUCCUGUUUGAUUUGUUGCACACGUAGUAUUGGAACACGGAGGCAGCGAUAGCGGUUAUCGGUGAUGACUUUUGGAACGGGGACUGCCACCGGCAUGGACUGUUUGUAAUCAUGUUGUGACAAUUCAUCACGCUGACCCCAUUCCUGCUUCUGCUUAGUGACUAUCUCGCCGUGGCCCUGUUCUUUUCUUGUGGUUAGUGCACUGGGAUUUUAUGGCAAAUCGUGAAUUGUGAAGCAGUAUGCCUACUAAUUGAUUCAAACGCCUCGAAAUCUGCUUUGUUUUGAACACCCCUCGCGAUGGCAUGUUCGCCGUAAUGUGAUAAUGCGCGGCAUGUGUUGCCUCCGAUGUCUGUUGACGGGCGCAGUAUAAGAGGUGCCUGCUCUCAGCACUGUGGCGGAGUAUGGGAUAGUUGGUCGGGCUGUGGUCUAUCUCCCAAUAGGGACACGCCAACCGACCUUCCUUCAUUUAGACAUGGAUUAUUUCUGUGGAUAAAAUUACUCAAGUU